UCUAUUUACAUGAUAUAUAUUUAUUAAAACAGCUGUUAUGCCAUUAGACAUGUGUAUAAUAUAUUUAAGCAGUAAUAUAUCACAAUAUGUUUUAUUGUGAUAUAUUACGACAGAUUUACAUUUAAAUUUAGCUUUAUUAAUGCAAAACUAAAACAUUUAUAUCUCCAUAUUGAAACAUAAAAUUUAGCUACUUAACUUCUGACCUCUGCCCUUUAAAACACACACACACACACACACAGGCAAUUCCUGAGAGAACUCUCUCUCUCUCUCUCUCUCUCUCUCUCUCUCUCUCUCUCUCUCUCUCUCUCUCUCUCUCUCUCUUUCUUUAAGGUUCACAUCACAGUCUGCUCUCCUCCACUUCAUGUGUUUCUCCUCUCUAUUCUUCAUUACUUCUCUCUUUCACUCUGAAUGGAUAAUUUGUUGGAGUCUCCAGCACUGGACGGGGGUCUCUGCGAGUCUGUGUGCCCAUCAGAGUCAGUCGUCUGUGGGCAUCACGGCCAGAGUUUCUCCCUGUUCUGUCUGGAUGAUCUGAGUCCAGUCUGCAGUGAGUGUGAAGAAUCAGACACACACGAAGGACACAGAAUUUAUCGCAUUCAAGACGCACUGCACGACUGCAAGGAGGAGAUCGAGACUUCAGUCAAUGUGCUGAAACAGAAGAUCUGGACAUGUGACCUCAUCAAACAAACCUGUCAAUCUGCCAUUGAGCACAAUCAGUCUGAGGCUCUGCAGAUGGACACACAGAUGAAAGAGGAGUUUGAGAAGCUUCAUCAGUUCCUGAAGGAGGAAGAGGAGCGCAGGAUUACAGCUCUGAGAGAGGAAGAACAACAGAAGAGUCAGACAAUGAAAGAGCAAUCUCUGAAGAUAGAUCAAAUCAUUGAGUGCAUCUCCAACACCAUCAGAGCCAUUGAAGAAGGGAUGAAGAUGGAUGAUGUCGACUUUCAGGAGGGCUAUGAAGAAACAGUCAGAAGAAUAUGUCAGUGUAAACAGAAACCAGAGGAACGGUUUGGAUCUUUGAUUAAUGUGUCUGAACAUGUGGCCAAUCUGAGAUUCAAAGUGUGGAAGAAGAUGUUGAGGAUCGUCACCUACACUCCUGUCACACUGGAUCCUAACACCGCAUCCUCCUCCUUGUGCAUUUCUCCUGCUCUCAAUCAGGUCCUGCAUCUCGAGGAGUGCCAGCCUUUCCUCCCUGCUGUCCCUGAACGCUUUGACCCCUACGCGUGCACUCUGGGGUCAGAGGUCAUGAGCUCCGGGCAACACUCUUGGGUUGUAGAGGUGGGUGACAGUUCCAACUGGACACUGGGUGUGGCCAAGGUGUCAAUCAAAUGCACUGAGAUGUUUGAGGCAUGUCCAGAGGAAGGCCUCUGGGUCAUCAGCUUACGGGACGAUGAGUACUGGGCGAUGACAUCACCCUGUCAGCGUGUGUCAUGUGACGGACACAGACCGAAACGAAUCAGGGUGUGUUUGGACUGUGAUGAUGGAAGACUGGAGUUCACAGAUCCGGAUCAUGAAGCACAUCUGUUCACAUUUACACACUCUUUCAGCGACGUUUUAGUGCCGUACAUCGAGACGAUCUGUAAAGGGAAGCCUCUGGAAAUUUUACCAAAGAUGGUUUCAGUGGAAGUGGAGAAACAUACGGUUCCAGAUGAUGAUAACAGGAUUAUUUCUGAAAGCUCACAUGAUUUCAAAUUGAUUCCCUGUAAAUAAAUGUCUAUAAUAUUCUACAAUAUAAUAUUUUAGAAUAUGGCAAUGCUACCACUGGUGAUGAGGAAGGUUAAUUUUAAGUUAUAUUUCAUUUUAAGGAUAUACUGUAUAGGCCUGUAGUUUCAAUACAUGGGCAGUUGUACAGUCACUUGUGUUUAUGCUGGUCUUUGAAUAAAAAAUUAACAAAUAAUCUAGUUUUAAAAAUGGCUAACAAUGAAAAACAAGCAAACAUUUUAAAUAUAUUUUUUUAAUUAUUUCUCCUAAAUUCACAAGAUUAAGACUGCACAAACAGGAGAUUCAUAACAGCACAUGCAUUAUGUUUCUGUCUUUUUUGUGAUGUCAUCAAAAUGUUGUCUAAAUCCACUCAAAACCAAGAUUUCACUUUUUUGAGGAAAAAAAACAAACAAUCAUUUUGUCAGAAAAUCAGUAAAGCAUAGCCACUAUUAAACGUUAUUUAUCACUAAUUAUUGACCUUUUUUUAUUUUUAUUUAAUAUACUUAAAAUUAAAUCACUCAUUCUUUCAUGUGGUCUUAGUGGUCAAUUUAGCCUAGCAACGCAACAACCAAAGCAUCAACAGCCAAUCAGAAACCGAGAAGCAGAAACUCAACAGCCAAUAAGAGCGGAAGUAGCUGGUCAUCAGUUGGAGUGACGAUCCUGAAUCCCAUCUGGCUAAGUGGGAAUGUGAUCAUGGUCGAACAAAAACUAGUGUGAACAUCGGCAGGGCAUUUGAUUCCUGGAGGGACCUUCAUUCAGUUUUGGGGAUCAAAACCAACCCUGAAUUGGCAUUUUUCUUAUUGGACAGGUAAGCUUACAUAACUGCAAAGCAUGUGAAAUAUAGUGCCAUAAGGAUUGAUCUGUGUAAUUUGAGCUAAACUACAAUAACACAUGAAAUGAAUGCUAGACAGUGUUCAAGAUAAUGCAAAAAGACCCAUUCAUUAGUGUAACAUAACUUGGUUAUACAGAAAAUAUAUACAUUCUAUUAUUAUAAAACAAUAGCGCAUCGAUAUAUCAAAAUGACAGUUGUGAUGAAAUCACAUCAAUACUGAAUUGUGUCAACAUAUUUAUAAUGUACAGUCUAUUUUAUAAACAGCUACUGUCAUCAUCCACCAAAUUUAGCUAACAGCAAUUGAUAAAGCUGGCUAGCUAGCUAACGCCGACAUAGGCUAUGGUAUAAUUGCAGUCAAUGUAUCAUGCAAAGAAAAGUGAUUACUUCAAACUACAGUCUCGCAUAGUCAGACCUAUAUCCACACUUUGUUUUAGCCCUGUUCCAGCACUGGAGAGUCAAAUAUAAUAUACAGUCUCAAAGUUUGAAGUAAAACAAUCUUAACUGUGUAAUUUUAAGCAUGAUGCCAAUGAAUCACGUUCAGCCUCUUUGUACGUUACAUCAUUGUUUUGGCCGAUGCUCGCAUCUCUAUGGAGUGUGUGCACGAGCGCGAGCACGAGUAACAGGUAGCUGGCUACUGUUCACUUAAUGGCCACAGGUGUCAUUAAUAACAAUGGUUUCUGAAUCUUACAUACUGCACCUUUAAUACACAAAUACAAAUAAUUCCCCCCAUGGCAUUUAUGUACAGCAGAGGAGAUGUUAAAAUGAGGAGCACAUUAUUGUGAGGAGUAUAUUGCAUAAUUUAUAUAUUUGUUUUCUGUGGGUGAAGAGGAAAAACAAGGAAAAGUAAUUUGCGUAAUCCUAGGUUAUAACCAUUUUUAAAAGCUAAGCUAUAUUAAACAAAAGUCUCAGUGUAAUACUUUAAUACUAAAUAAUAAUGUACUCAGUGUAACGUAUAAAAAAACAAAACAUGCACUACGUCACCAAAAUCCACUACGCAGAGGAUUAGAUCCAGUAUGUCAUCACGCUACAGACUGCAACGAGGAUCCUGUCGAAAUAGAGAGGCCAAGAUGGUGCUGAUCCAUGCAGACAUGCUGCAUUCUUCAUCCCCAGACACAAUCGGGAUAUACGUGCAAUAAGUGAUGAAGACUAUGUUUUUUAAAUCUAUUUUAUGUCAAUGACAUUUAAUCCUGGUG